GUGAGUCGGAGCUCGGUCUCUCCCCAGCAAGUUCUCAGCCGCUCCCGGUUCAGACCCAACCAGGGAGCCGCGAGCGGGGCUCACCAUCCCCCGAAGGGCAGCACUCCGGGGCAGUCGAGCGCUCCCGCGCGUGUCGGGCGCUCCGAGUCCCCGCAGCCGGAGAGGGGCCAGGACUCUAGAGCUCCGGGGGUGCCUGUGGAAUCCAGCGCCUCUGGCUUCCCGGGUCCCCCGCAGCGGAGCCCCAGAGACUUCCCCAGCCCGGGACCGCCGAGGAACAAGUUGACCGCCUGAAACCGGAUCGUGCAUUUCGCCCAUUCUUGGUACUAGUGUAAGGAGCCACGUUUCGAACGAAUUUCGUCCCCGGGAAAGUCGUUGGCGAGAGCCUGGGGAGCCCUGGCCUCGGAAUGCGGCAGAACAUAAGAAACUGGCUGCGCUGCUGAAGAAAAUAAAUUGAGUGUUGGGGGAAACAAGAUCGGGCAGAUAGCCCGGAAAGGUUGGCUCCCAAGAGCAGUGAUGGCUGCAAACGCCCCCUCCCCCUACGGAGCCGCAGGUCCUCUGGGCUCCUGGGGGUAGGCGAGGAAAGGCCAGAUUGAGAUCAAGAACCCACUGCAACUACCACAAUGGGCAGCAAAACCUUGCCAGCGCCGGUGCCCAUACACCCAUCCCUGCAGCUCACCAACUACUCCUUCCUUCAGGCAGUGAAUGGCCUGCCCACGGUGCCCUCGGACCACCUGCCCAACCUGUAUGGUUUCAGUGCCUUGCACGCCGUGCACCUGCACCAGUGGACGCUGGGCUACCCCGCCAUGCACUUGCCGCGCUCCUCUUUCUCCAAAGUGCCGGGCGCCGUGUCCAGCCUGGUGGACACGCGCUUCCCACUGCCUGCCUUUCCCUGGUUUCCUCAUGUAAUCCAGCCUAAGCCUGAGAUCACCGUUGGAGGCAGCGGCCCCUCCGCACUCAAGACCAAGCCACGCUUUGAUUUUGCCAACCUGGCUUUGGCUGCCACGCAGGAAGAUCCAUCCAAGCUUGCCCGGGGGGAGGGUCCUGGGUCCCCCGCUGGUGGGCUGGGUGCUCUCCUGGAUGUAACCAAGCUGUCCCCAGAAAAGAAGCCCACAAGGGGACGCCUGCCUUCCAAGACCAAGAAGGAGUUCGUCUGCAAGUUCUGUGGCCGCCACUUCACCAAGUCCUACAACCUCCUUAUCCAUGAGCGGACACACACCGAUGAGCGGCCCUAUACCUGUGACAUCUGCCACAAAGCCUUCCGGAGGCAAGACCACUUACGGGACCACAGAUAUAUUCACUCCAAAGAGAAGCCUUUCAAGUGUCAGGAGUGUGGGAAAGGAUUCUGCCAGUCCAGGACUCUCGCUGUCCACAAGACGCUACACUCACAGGUGAAGGAGCUCAAAACCUCCAAGAUCAAAUGCUAAAGAGAGCCUCCGGGUCACCAGCACCCUGGGUCACGCUGCCCCUUCCUCCAGAGGGACCUGAAGCCGAAGGCGACUCCGGCGGGCAGCGGGAGGGGUUCCCGGGACCUUUCCCUAUCCCAAACUUGUCCCCUGGGUCCCGGGCGCACGCGGAACUCGAGAGCCCCGCCCCGAGCCGUGACCCCAGCCACCCGGGCGGCUCCCCCAGGACGCGGCUAAAGUCUUGGCCAAAAGGCGGUACUCACGUGGCGGAAGGGAAACUGCAUUUAAAAAAAGAAGGAAAGCUCCGCGGAGCCGCAGCGGCGCCUCUCCCAGAAGUAUUACUUUUUCUAUUGUUAUUUUAUACGUUUUCUUUAUUAUUUUUUUUUCUUUGACUAUAUAAGCUUGUAACUCUGCCUGCGGAGAGAGAGGGGAGAGGGAAAGAAGUUCUGCGCGUUCGCAGCUUUCACCCCCUCCUCCCGUCCCCAUCCCCACCCCCGGGAGCCUGCAAAAGUGUAAUCCAUGUAUCUGCUUCAGCAGCCCGGCCCUGGGACCGCGGCGCCGCGGAUGCUCCGUUCGUGCGGCGCCGCGCGGCCGCGGGUCGUUGGCCCUCGGACUCAGACGGCGGGGCGGGGGGCCUGGGGCCCUGGGGCUGGAGGGGGCCCGGCCUCCCGCGCCCCUGCUCCGCCGCCCAGUCACCACGAGCGAGCAGCCGGCUAGGAGCAGGGCGUUGUAUUGCGAUUGGCACUUUAUGCUGACCAUCGGUAACGGACAUUUAUCACUGGAGUUUUUUAAAAUAUGAAAUAAACGGUUAUU